CCAUGGCUCACAGGCCCAGCCGCUCCGCGGCAUGUGGGAUCUUCCCGGACCGGGACACGAACCCGUGUCCCCUGCAUCGGCAAGCAGACGCUCAACCACUGCGCCACCAGGGAAACCCUAUCCGGUCCAUCUUUAAAUCUCCCAGAACAGGAAUCAGCCUUUCUCCAAGGAGCCCUGGUUCCUUUGAAUGCCAGGUGGUAAUUAAAGACCAUAAUCUGUGCACUAAGGACUCCAUGACUAAUAGCACCCCUGAUUACUACGAUUAUAGCAACUGGACCAGUGACCCCAACAUAUUGGUGGAUGACUCUUCCCAAAGUCACAGGCUGCAUAUUCCAGAUGUGAUCGCCCUGGUAAUCUUUGCAGUCGUCUUCCUGGUGGGAGUGCCAGGCAACGCCCUGGUGGUCUGUGUGACGGGGUCCGAGGUUAAGCGAACCAUCAAUGCCAUCUGGUUUUUCAACCUGGCGGUGGCUGACCUCCUCUCCUGUCUGGCGCUGCCUGUCUUGUUUGCAUCCAUUGUCCUGCACAACCAGUGGCCCUUCGGUGAUGCUGCCUGUGGAAUUCUGCCUUGUCUUAUCCUGCUCAACAUGUAUGCCAGCAUCCUGCUUCUGGCCACCAUCAGCGCCGACCGCUUCCUGCUGGUGUUUAAUCCCAUCUGGUGCCAGAACUAUCGAGGGGCCCGCAUGGCCUGGGCGGCCUGCGGUGUGGCCUGGGCCUUGGCUCUGCUGCUGACCAUACCUUCCUUUUUGUAUCGUAAGGUCCACGUGGAACACUUCCCACCCAAGAUGACGUGUGUGCUUGACUAUGGUAAGGACGGUUUAGGUAUAGAGAGGGCCGUGGCCAUCAUCCGGCUGGUCAUGGGCUUCCUGGGGCCGCUGGUCACACUUAUAGUCUGUUACACCUUCCUUCUGAUCCGGGCUUGGAGCCGCAGUGCCACCCGUUCCACCAAGACUCUCAAGGUGGUGGUGGCAGUGGUGACGAGCUUUUUUGUCUUUUGGCUGCCCUACCAGGUGACAGGGAUGAUGAUGUCUUUUUCCCGCAAGACAAACUUCAAAUCCGUGUCCAGUUUGGAUGCCCUGUGUGUCUCCGUAGCUUACAUCAACUGCUGUAUUAACCCCAUCAUCUACGUGGUCGCUGCCCGGGGCUUUCAUACCCGGUUCCUCAAGUCCCUCCCCUCCAGGAUCCGGGGUGUGUUGGCCGAAGAGUCCGUGGGCAGGGAGAGCAAGUCCAACACGUUCUCCACAGUGGACACCCCGGCCCUGAAGAGCCAGGAGGUGUAAGGGGAGGCCUCUCUGGCCACCAUCUUUCUGGUGCUCCACCAAACUUCUGGUCCAUUCACUUUGCUUAUUGGAUCUUGGCGAGGUGGGUGGUGGUUGAGUGAAUUCGCCUCCAUUCCUUCCAUCGUUCCCAGACUUGUCCUUCCUCUUCCAGGCGAACCCUUCUCAUCACUCCUCAUUUCCAAGAUUAGCACAUCCUUCUAGGGACCCCCAACCUUUCUUUCCAUCCAAGGACUUUGGAAAACAAACAGCAACCAAUGUACCUGGAGUCCUUCCAUAGAACAACACGUUCGCGUACAGGGAGUGUGAAUACGCUAGACACGUAGGACCCAGACAAACAGAGACACUCAAACCUUGAAAAAAAGAGUUCUAUAUUUAUUUUAUGGAGGGUUGGCAAAAAAAAGAAAAAUGUAACUGGCAUCUCAGAAGUUAUUCUUGUUUAGUACAAAGCAAAAGUCCAUGGACCUAUCUCAGCUUUUAGAAUUGAGUUGAUUUAAAGAAAAACAGUAAGUUAGUAUGUUACUUCACUGGGUUAAAAAAAAAAAGUACUAAAUAAAAAGAUGUUAUAUAGUUAUGGCAAAAAGCAAGCGGUGAGGAAGACACCUAGGGUUGGGAAACAUUGGUUGGGCCCCUCCAGGGAAUGGGGUCCCAGGGGAAUUUGCUGUCUUACAUUGUCAACUGCUGUUCUGUCUGCGCUGAAAAAAAAUUAAACAUUUUAUUUUGACCUCAUUUCAAUUCUCAUGCCGUUGGGUUGUAGGUAGUAAAACGGAGUGACCCUGGGUACCUUUGACCUGUUUCCUGCAAUAGGCACAUCUUGCAAAAUGACAUUACGAUAUCACAACCAAGAUGACGUGAAUACGGUCGAGGCGCAGGUCGUUUUCAUCACUGCCAGGA